AUGGCCGAUACACAACCGCCCAUGUCUCAUGAGGACUCGAUCGAUUCCCAAGACCCGAAUACGCAUCCAGACACGAAGAAGAAGAGCAGAAGGCCAGCAAAUACUGCGUUUAGGCAACAGCGAUUGAAGGCAUGGCAACCCAUUCUUACUCCUAAGACCGUCCUCCCAUUAUUCUUCGCCAUCGGUAUUAUAUUUGCGCCUAUUGGAGGAGGAUUGUUAUAUGCGAGUGCGGUGGUUCAAGAAAUCAUAAUAGAUUAUUCAAGCUGCUACAGCGACGCACCCACUUGGCCAACAUGGGAUGCCCUGCCUACAGACGGCGACAAAUAUGUGUCACAUUUCACCUCGAACUCUAGCAAUGGGGAUUACAAACCUACUAGUCCCAUGUGGUCGCAGAAUCAGACCGGAUUGCAGGAUGCCUUGGGGAACAAUAUCACCUCCUGCUACUUGAAAUUCGGCAUUCCAAAUGAAAUGAAGCCCCCGGUGCUCUUUUACUACAAACUUGCCAAAUUCUACCAGAAUCACAGACGCUACGCUAAGUCCUUCAACACCGACCAACUCUCCGGGAAGGCCGUGUCAGAAAAGACCAUCCACAGUAGUGAUUGCACACCCCUCACGACCACAAAAGUUAACAACGUAUCCCUUCCAUACUAUCCCUGCGGUAUAGCCGCAAACUCCCAAUUCAACGACACAUUCUACAAUCUCACACUCCAGAACGUGCCGCGCUCGAGCGAUACCGAGCGUCCUUAUAACAUGACCAAGAAGGGAAUCUCAUGGAGCAGUGAUAAGAAACUGUACGGCGACUCCAAAUACAACUGGGAUGAAGUCGCUGUGCCACCGAACUGGGUCACUAAAUACGGAACAUCUUAUAAUGAUACGAACCACCCGGAUCUAGUCAACGACGAGGAAUUCCAGGUUUGGAUGCGUCUGGCUGGUCUUCCGACAUUCAGCAAGCUGGCGCAGAGGAACGAUCAUGAGGUUAUGGAGCAUGGAGAUUAUAUCGUCAGGAUUGACCACAACUUCGACGUCACUGAAUACGGCGGCACGAAAUCCAUCAUCAUCUCCACCAGCACCGUAAUGGGCGGCAAGAACCCCUUCCUCGGCAUCGCCUACGUAGUCGUCGGCGGCAUCUGCAUCGUGCUCGGCGCCCUCUUCACAGUCACGCACCUGAUCCGUCCCCGGAAGCUAGGCGACCAUACGUAUCUGAGUUGGAACAAUGACGGUACGGGUGGUGGCGCAGCGACGACUGGAAGGAAUGGCGUGUUGGCUGGUGAGGGUAGAGCUUGA